CACCAGCACCAGCGGUAGUAUUAGCACUCAGCACUCAGCGCGGCAGCAGCAGUAGUAUUAUUACUCGGGACUCUCCAGUACUAGUAUGGUCGUGUUCAAUGGAUUACUGAAGAUCAGGAUCGUGGAGGCUGUGGACCUGAAGCCCACCCCCUGGUCCCUGAGACAUGCGGUGGGUCCGAGGCCCCAGACCUUCCUGCUGGACCCCUACAUGGCCCUGAACGUGGACGACUGGCGGGUGGGGCAGACGGCCACUCGGCAGAAGACCAACAGCCCCUCCUGGAGGGACGAGUUCGUGACCGACGUGCGGGACGGCCGGAGGAUCGAACUCGCCGUCUUCCACGACGCGCCCAUCGGCUACGACGACUUCGUGGCGAACUGCACCGUCCAGUUCGAGGACCUCCUGCAGAACGGCAGCCGCCACUUCGAGGACUGGAUAGACCUGGAGCCAGAAGGAAGGGUGUACGUUGUCAUAGAUCUCUCUGGGUCAUCAAGCGAAGGCACUGGGGUCCUUUCGAAAAUGGGCAUGAUGGCAACUGCUCCCGUGUCUGGUCUCCAGUUAACAGCACCCAAGGAAAAUGAAGAGCAUGUGUUCAGAGAGCGGAUGCUACCCAGGAAACGGCAAGGAGCUGUCCGACGAAGGGUCCACCAGGUCAACGGGCACAAGUUCAUGGCCACCUACCUGAGGCAGCCCACCUACUGCUCACACUGCCGGGACUUCAUCUGGGGAGUGAUUGGUAAACAAGGAUACCAGUGUCAGGUUUGCACCUGUGUUGUGCAUAAGCGAUGCCACGGACUUAUCAUAACCAAGUGUGCUGGUUUGAAGAAACAGGAAACACAGGACGAGGUGGGCUCUCAACGUUUCAGCGUCAACAUCCCUCACAAGUUCAGCAAUCACAAUUUCAAGGUGCUCACCUUCUGCGACCACUGUGGCUCUCUGCUCUGGGGCCUGAUGAGGCAAGGGCUGCAGUGCAAAGAUAACCGCAGUAAAACCAAAAGGGAUGUGAACAACUUUGAUCAAGAUUUCACCCGUGAGGAGCCUGUGUUGACACUAGUGGAUGAUGCCAUCGUUAAGCAAAUAAACCAAGAGGAAUUCAAAGGUUUCUCCUAUUUUGGUGAAGAAUCACUGGCGUAG